AUGCAAAUUAAACAUCCUGUUUUGGUUCUAAAAAAGAAAGUAAAGGAAAGAAUAGAAUAUAAAAUAAAAUGGAAUACUGGUUCAAUUACGUAUGAACCAAUGGUUGAACUCACACCAGAAAUGCUUAGUUUAGUCAAUCAAUGGGAAUUGAAGGAACAUAGCAAAAUGAAUGUCAAGUCCAUUGAAAAGAACAAUACUAAAAUAACAAAAAUAAUUGAAGAACAAUUGAGGUACAAAAUGGAAGUUGAAAAACCGAAUCUUAGUCCUCAUAAGGAGAGAAGCUCAGAAAAGGGAUAUGUAAAAUCUUUAAGAAAGAAUGAUGGAAGAAUAGAAUUUUGGAUAUAUAUACAUGACGAAGGUAUAGAGAGAUGGGUUACUUUGGAAGAAGUCAAAAAUAGAAUGCCAAUAGCCUUGUGUGAUUAUCUUUUAUAAAAGAUUAAGUUUGGGGGAAAGUGA